CAGGGCGGGCGGCAUCGCGAAGCCUGGCCGCGUCCCCGGUCCCGCAGGCCGCACCUUACCUCAGUCCACCUUAGACCUCCCUGCCGCGUGGUGCUGUCCGCUAGCUCUGCGCGUCUCGGCUCUUACCGCGAAACUGUAAUGCCAAAAAUAUGAAUUAAAACCGCUCCUGAACUAUUCCGGCUGCCCUAAUUAUUGCGAUAACACAGUUUUUCUCGCUUUUUCAGUGCCAGUGUCGUACUAAGUGAUACUAUUUGUGUGUUGUGUCAACGAUUCCUUUUGGUUAAUGCCCUUGAUUGUUUAGUGUCCCGAGUAUGAGUGCGGGGUGAAGUGAGGCGAGGGGCGGGGCGCAAUGAGCGCUCCGGAUCCUUUAGUGCUCCAAGCGCUACAGGGUUUCACCCAGGAGAGCGAUAAGUGGCCCGGAGCACGCGCUGUCAAGAUCUACAUUGCGUCGCUUUAUAAUGAUUUCCGUGAAGAAAGGCGACAGACACUUGAAUUGGUCGGGCCUGAGUUGCAGUCCACGUACGAUGAUCGAUAUAUCGAGAUCGAGUUCGUGGAUAUGCACUAUGGCACGGACGGCGGCGACGAGGCUAAUCCCGCGCUACUGAGAUAUCAUCUCGACGAGAUACGAUGCUGUAAUCGCACCUCUAAGGCCGGGUAUUUUCUGUGCCUAAUCGGUGGCGAAGCGUCAUCAUACCAACCAGUGCUACCAUUCAAUAUACCCCAAGACACAUUUGAACAAUUAGUACAACAUGACUCUGCGCAAACUGCUCUCAUUCGAGCUUGUUACAAAAGCAAUGACGAUGGAUCCUACCAACUGGAGGGCGAUGACAAAUGGUACAGCAAUUUACUGGACCGUGAAGAAGAGCGAAAACGUCUGUGCACAGUUCAGAAAGCAUUUAAUACCCUAGCCCUCGAAGCGUAUGAUGCUGGAGCGAAUGUUGCAGAUUUGUUGCGAAGCCCCGUCGAAAUACAGUGCGAACUAGCCUUGGAUAUCCUCAAAAAUGGCAAACACCCGAAAGGUUUGAUUGUUGCACUCCGAGAGCUUUCCCCAUUAGAACCAGAUGAUACGAAAUUAACAGUAAUAGCUCAUGCUAGGUUAAAAGCGCUGCAAGAGAAGAUAGAGGACACCCUACCUGACUCUCAUAUUAUUAGGCUAGAGGCGUCAUCAGCGGAUUCCUCACGAACGGACGGUGGUUCAGAUAUAGAAGAGAAAUUGUCACCGUUCCGAGAAAAACUGCAAGCCGUAGUCAGCUCUCUGAUCGAUGACAGUCUUAGUACUGAGCCCGAUCAGGGGAAAGGAAGGAAAAAGACUGUUCAGGAAGUAUUUUUGGAACACAUCACUCAUCUUAGGCUAUGUAUAGAACAAAAUAAUCAAUAUAAAGUCACCGUUAAACAAAUAAACGAAGCCGCAGAAAGCAUACUGUCUAAUGCCAAAGAAAAUUAUGAGAAUAGAUCUCGACACCCACCCGUGUUAAUAUACGGACCAGACGCAUCCGGAAAAAGUACACUACUAACACAUUUGUACUACAAAUGCGAAGAGAUAUUUCCAAAGCCAGUGUUGAGGAUAAUAAGAUUUUCAGCAUCGACGCCCAGAUCGGCUUACAAUUUGGAGCUGCUGCGAGUUAUUUGUCAACAAAUGUCCAUUAUUCUAAACAUUCCAGAAGGCUAUUUGCCUAAAGAUGCGAGUUUCGACCCACUGUACAUUAAUAAUUGGUUCCAAAGUUUGCUCAGGCGUUGUGAAGAUAUGGAGAACCAGAUUCUAUUGAUAUUUAUAGAUAAUGUGCAAAGAGUGAAUCCUCUUGAAUGUGAUAUAGUGACUGGAUUAUCGUGGCUACCGAUGUCCUUACCGAGAAAUGUGUUUCUAAUUUGUACGACUGCUGUAUCUUUGGAACAGUUGCAACUAACACCGGCGCAGAAGGAGAAAUUCAAAGUGCAGAGUUGUUAUUAUUUGUUAGAAGCGCUCGAGGAGAUGCCGGAGAACGAUAGUUCCGGCGAAUAUAUCGAUAGUGCCUUUGAUAAUUUAGAAGCGGUCUUCGGAGCUAAGGCAUUUAGUAAAUUAGCAGGUUAUAUAACUUGUUCGGAGUUCGGUCUCACGGAACUUGAACUGUUGGAACUUUUGAUGCCGACGAGCAACAGUGAGGCCGUUAUAACGCUCAAGGACGCUAACUUCAACUUUUCUACUUUGUGUGUCGCCAAAUACAUGAUGAAAACACUAAUCAGCGAGAACGUAGUAUCGGGCCGUAGCACAUGGCGGUGGCGGGCCGCGUCAGCAAGCGCCCGCGCGCGCCGCCGCUACGUGCGCGUACAGAGCGCGCUACGGGACGCGCAUUCCGACCUCGCGGCGUUGCACUUCGCCGGGUUCUUGUGUGACCCGGAUGAUGCGGAUACUUCGGAAGCGCAAGAACCGGGUUGUGUAGACGAUGACGACGCAUUACUGGACUCGACUCCAUUCCACUCAGCAAGCAGAACGGCUGCUGCGUUUACACAACGGCAUGUGGAGGAAUCCUGGCUUCACCUCCUCUUGGCUGGGGACUUUUCCAAACUGAAGGAUUUGACUGUGUGCAACUUUGACUUCUUGUUGGCUGCUGUACAAACAGUGACAAUAUCCUACCUCCGCUGUAUACUGGAACACGUGCGUUGCUACAUACUGGACAGAGACGUGGAACUUGUAUAUGGAGCAGUUCGUAAAGCAAGCGAUAUACUGACCAGAGACCCGAUGCAAUUAGGCGCUCAGAUCAUAGCGUGGCUCCGACCAGCGGUGGCCCGUCGAGGCGUUCUGGCGACGCUCGUGACAGCUGCCAUGGCCUGGUGCGAUGGUUAUGACAAGCCUUUACUGGUCCCGUUGAAUGGAUGGCUGCACCCGCCAAUCGCGUCCACCGUCCGCGUGAUGUCGGUGGGCACGGGCGGCGGGGCGGGCGCGCGGCUGCUGCAGCUCGCGCCGUCCCGCCAGCACCUCGUGCUCGCGCCCUCCGCCGGCGACCCGCAGCUGUGGCACGUCAUGUCCAACUCGAGAGUGCACACGUUUAAGGGUCAUUCGGGAAGGAUACUGUGUAUGUGCGUGACUCGUGAAUCUCAAUAUUUGCUGACUGGCUCCGAAGAUACAAGCGUCAUUGUGUGGGAUUUACAUACGCUUGCCAUUAAGACGAAGAUUUUGGAACACAUCGCGCCAGUACUAUGUGUCGCUGCAAUAGUCAAUCGAUCCUUAGUGAUCAGCGGUGGUGAAGAUUCUGCCGUCAUCAUUACCUCAUUGGUCGACGCGGCAUUGAUAACAAAACUAGACCACCAUCGUGGACCAGUGACGUCAGUAAAAGUGAUACAAGAUGGCGAGAUCCUCGUCACGGGCUCUCAAGAUGGCACCGUUUGUACCUGGAAUGUGGACAACUUUACCCUCCUUUCCACUAUAUCUGCUGGAGUUCCAAUACAUGUGAUGGAUGUGACUGAAGAUAAUGUCUUCCUGAUAACAUUGCAAGGAGAAAAUGAACUGCACUUGAGGACUUUUAUUACGGGAACGUAUCUGCAUCCGCUCAAACGGCAUAAGGCUAAGGUGAAAUGUUUCUGCGUGGCGCACGAUUCGUCCCGCGCGGCAGUAGCUUGCGCAGACCAGCGCAUAUACGUGUACAGCCUGCACAGCGCACAGCUGCUGCGCACGCUGGCCGCCGCGCACGACGUGGCCGCGCUCGCCAUCGCCGACCAGGACCACUUCCUGCUGGCCGCCGGUGGCAAUCGAGUGACAAUAUAUUCAUUCCAUACCGAAGACAACCUAACGAACUUCAGGCCUACGAAACAAAUGAAGAGGCGGCAGACUAAAUCUACAACGAAUAUCUCACUAUUACAGGCGGAACAAAGCGAGCUGAUCCCAAUCAGUUGUCUCGAAGUAUCCCGGGACGGACAACUCGCGGCCAGCGGUUGUGCACGUGGUCUCGUGCGAGUCUGGCAACUCUCUACACACCGCUUACAAGCAACACUUAGUGCUCAUAUGGGACACGUUACUUGUGUUACCUUCUCACCGAACAAUCUAUUGGUGUUAAGUGGAUCGGAAGACAGAACGGUUGUGGUCUGGCAAUUAGCGGAUAAUUCGCCCUCGCUGACUUAUAAGGGGCACACAGCAGCCCUCCAAUCGCUCGUAAUGAUGUCGGACAACCGGCGCGCGAUGUCGGGCGACCGCGCGCGGCGCGUGCACGUGUGGCUCGUGGACUCGGGCAUCGUGCUGCUGUCCGCCGCCGCGCCCGCCGCCCACGUGCACGUCACGCUCAACAUGAAGUAUGCGGUGCUAUCCGAAGGCGAGAACUCAGUCCGUAUCUGGGCGCUCGCGGAGGGCGACAGCGGUGAGGAGCGGCGCGGGGUGUCGCACGCGGAGCGCGUCACGUGUGUAGCGCUAACUGCUGACUCGCAGCACGUGGUCACGGGCUCUAUGGACAUGUCGCUGAAGGUGUGGAAACUCGAUGGGUGCAAGUUGUCACAGGUGUUAGUAGGCCACUCGGAUAUAGUGACCUGUGUAGCUGUGUCCAUCACGAACAAAACCCAAGUGGUCUCCGGUUCAUGGGACUGCAACCUUAUCGUAUGGGAUAUCAACACGGGCUCUGAUGUACAUCUUCUGUCGGGGCAUUUGGGCAAAGUGACCUGUGUUAAGGUCACUGGAGAUGGCACUAUUGCGGUUUCUGGCGCGGAAGACAAAACGCUAAUAAUAUGGGAGACGAAGCGCGGGCUCGCGCUGACGUCACUCGCGCUGCACGUGCCGCUCCUCGACCUGCAGAUCACCAGCGACUGUUCGAGAAUUGUGGUGCAUUUGUUGGAUAGAGGUUGUCUGCCGAUAAUCUGUUUGCACAACACGCCGGCCACAUACGUCAAGAUACCGACUUACGCUGCGCCCACUAAGGACGUUGAUGAACUUCGUCCGUUAGCUCCGAAGCGACCAAUGAGAAGAUUGCUAAAGAAAGAAGUAUCUCUGGACACUUACACUUGGCAGAAGAAAUACGCGCAUCUUACAUCGGCUGCUAUGAUGGCGCAAGUUGAUGAACGGCUUAAACGGAGGUUCUCCGUAUCAGCUUCGAUGGAGGAAAUAUCUAAAAUACAGGAGGCGAAGGCCAAGGAUCUUGGUUCGCAGGUGAGCUUAGGCCCGGAACAAGCGGCACUCGCUCAGUCGCAACACUUCGACCAGCUCGAAGCGCUCUGGAACAAGAUCUCGCCGCCCAGACGACGAUCCAACAAGUCGCUAUCCAAACAGAGCUCUCUGAUCGAGCGACUCGACUCGUCUGAUGAAGAGCACACUCCUGUUGAAGAGCAAGAACAUAUGGUGGAGUAAAACAACAUACGAAACAUUUUUAAUUUAUUUGGAACCUCAUGUACUUAUUUUUUGAGCUGGUCUCAACGUAUUUAAUAUAUUUUGUUUAGAUUACUUAAACGAAUUUUAAUUGUUAUUUACUUUCAUAGUACAACUUUAGUAUUAUUUGAAAAUACGUUGUUACAUGUGGUAUAUUUUCAAUUGUUUUUAAUCGCACUUAUCUCAGAGCUUACGGGCUAAAUGUAUCUAAUCGUAGUUUGUUGAAUAAACAUAGAGUAGGUACCUUAAGUAAUUCUUAACCUCCUAAGCCUCUGCAAUGUGAUCUUAUAGUUCUAGCUUCUAUUGAACAAGUUUCUUUAACUUCAUUUUUACGUGUUUCUAAAUGAUCAAAUACAUUAUUUUAGUUCUGUGCUGUUUUAAUUACUUCUUCUAUUAUUGAAUGCAAAUGUAAGCAUUAAAACGAAGUUACAGAAACUUGUUUUAACUAUUUAGAGUAUGGAUGUUGAUGUUAUCUACUAUAAAACUUAGAAUAAUCGUAAUGUGCUAUAUUCAAAGUGUAUUUAUUGUUAUUUUUAUUUAAUUUAUUCUUAAUAACA